GACGAACGCCAGUAUGGAGGUCCCUUCCUUCGAAUUUUUCCUUGACGAAGAGAGAAUCGAGGAAUGUGCUUACCAACUCCUCUCCAGGAUACGAGCCUCCUGGUCCCCAACUGAGCUCAGAUUUAAGACAUUUACAGAUGGCAUAACAAACAAACUUAUUGGAUGCUGGAGUGAGAAAAAUCCUAAAGACAUAGUUUUAAUCAGGAUUUAUGGAAAAAAUACUGAUCUUAUAAUUGAUAGAAAAGCUGAAACAAGAAAUUUUAAGUUACUACAAAAAUCAGGCUAUGCGCCCCAAUUAUAUGCGAUUUUUGGAAAUGGAUUAGCAUAUGAAUAUAUUCAUGGGGAAAUUCUAACGUUGGAAACUGUUCGAGCUCCUCAUAUUUACCCCCUUAUUGCUACUAUGCUUGCAAAAGUUCAUAAAGUUAAUAAUCAAGAUUCUCGCAAACCUCAACUAUGGCAUUUGCUGAAGCAAUAUUUGAAACUUGUGCCAAAAACCUACUCAAAUCCUGAAAAUCAACGUUUAUAUGCUGAGAAAUUUCCUGAUGGUAUUGAGCCCUUAUAUUCAGAAGCAUUAUCUUUUGAAGAGAAAUUGAGUCAUUCUUCAUGUAAAGUGGUGUUUUGUCAUAAUGAUCUUCUGCUCGCAAACAUUAUACACGACCAAGGAAAAGUUACUUUCAUAGAUUAUGAGUAUGCUGGUUGUAAUUACCAGGCUUAUGAUAUUGGAAAUCAUUUCACAGAGUUUGCGGGUGUUUCUUCUGUAGAUUAUUCAAAUUAUCCUUCAUCUGACUUUCAACAUGCUUGGCUUAAAAUUUAUCUUAAGGAGUUUAAUUCCAAUGGAAAUUGUACUGCCGAAGUUACAGAUGAGGAAAUUGAAGAACUAUACAUACAAGUCAAUAAAUUUGCUCUUGUUGCUCAUUUGAUGUGGGCAAGUUGGGCUUUAGUUCAGGCUGAACUCUCAUGUAUAGAUUUUGACUUUAUUAGUUAUGCUGCUACACGAAUGGAAGAGUUAUUCUGCAAGAAAGAAAAGUUUUUAUCUUUAUAAAUUUUAUGUGUAAAGUUAUGUGUUUUAGAUUAAUAAUUAUAUCAAGUGGGCGCAUGUGUUUAUAUUUGCAUAUAUUAUCCAAUAUAUAUUUUGGUAUUGAUUUGAUAAUGUUUAAGUUGAUUCUAAUUAAUUUUUACAAGUUACUGAGAUUAUUAAUGUUUUGUUUUCAGUUUUUGAAAAUAACUAAUUUUAUUAAAAUAAUUAUUUAAACCUAUUUAAUAAUUUUUAGAAUAUUUAUUAAUUUAUUUUCCUGUGAUGUAUGUAAGUAACAAACUUUACGAAAAUUUGUAAAAAUAUAUAUUAAUUCACUUUGUCUAUUCUGUUGUUUGUUUCUCACAUUUUGUUCACAUUAAUUCUAGUCUUAUUUUCUAAAUUAUAAAUGAUCAAAAUUUUAUGUGCUGAGCAAAUUAUUGGAAUAUAUUGUGCAUAUUUGAAUUGUUUGAAUAUAUUGUGUAUUCAUAUUAAAAAAAUAUGGAUAUAUAUGGAUGUAUGUACAUUGUGUAUAAUGCACUUUCAAAUGUAAUAUAAAUGUAUGACAAUAUAUAACAUAAUAUAAUUGUAUGACAGUUGUGAUCGAUAUACUUUAUUUAUAAAAUAUUAUAGUUAUUAUUGUUGUAAGGUUUUACUUGUUUAGACAAAACUGAAGUGUAUACCGUUCCCAGUUUUGUAACCUCCUCCCCAUACAUCAAUGCACAUUGUAAUCAUUCCUAACCUUAAAUAAUCAUAUGUAUUUUCUGUAAAUACUGUUUAGAAUAUUUAUUAAUUUAUUAGACUAUGUUGGUAUUCAAAAUGUGAUGAUUUAGAUUACUAGGAGUUGAUUAAAAAUAAAAUUUAUAUUCAAAGAAUUCAUCAUUCCCCCCUCUCAAAAAAAACUUUGGUACUUUUCAUAUAAAAUUCUAUGAUUACCUAGUUCUAACUUAUAAUUUUGAUUUACAGAGUUUUUGUUGGCACUAAGCGAAAUAUAAUGUCAAUUAUUACAUACAAUAUAUUUGAUUAUGGUAAGUUAAAAUAAGACUGGUAAUCCAUACCCAGUAUUCCUACCAAAUGUUAAAAAUUGAUUCUUCAAAUAACUUAGUGAAGUUUGCUUUUGGGACCAAAUCUAUAAUGGUGUGGAGUUGAUGGUACAACUAGAAUUAUGAUGAUCAGUCAAACAUUUAAAGUUUAUUUAUUAUUAUUGACCUCUGGAUUAACUAGCAACUAAAAACUAAAAACUAGCAAUUAGCAACCAUUCAGAGACUGGCACUUAUUAGGGUUACAAAGGCCUACAGAAUGGUCUCCUAAGAAGUGGUACAGAUGCUAGCUGGGGAAAUGCCCCUGGACUUGAUUCUGAGGGAAGACGCCAUUAAGUUCGAUGCCAAAAGACACAGGCUAAGAUCACUCAUGGAAGGACUACGACAGAGGGCAGAAGAAAGAUCAAGGAAUAUGAAGACGGUGUUAAGGGAGGAUUCACUCGAGGAGUGGAACAGGUGGUGGAUGACAAUAGAGAAGGGAUCAACCCUCAGGAAAUUUUUUCCCAACGGUCAUUCAAGAUUAGAGGCAAGGCGGGUCCAACCUGACUACUGGUUUCAAAUCCUCACAGGGCAUUGGCGGGUUUAGAGAUAAAUUGAAUAAGCAUGGAAAGAAUAUUGACCCUUGGUGCCCUACAUGCAGGGUUUCUGAAACAGCGGAACACGCCCUGCUGACAUGCGUAAAACUGGACCAACAACGAUCCUGGCUGUACUGGAAAGCUGGGAUAUAUAAUCUUGGAGAAGAAGAUCUCGCAGGACUGAUGGCAGAGGAUAACUACCCUCACUUCAUGGAGAACGUGAGGAGGUGGAAGGAAGUGGUUGGCCCUAUGCACUUCAAUUAGGGGAUAGAGUGCCUGGCAGAGGAAGGGGAAGGACUGGCACUACAAAGGCCAAUGAACCCAGAGGUAGACCCAGGAGAAAAAGAUAGAAAAAAAAAAUUAAAUAAAUAAAAAAAAAAGAAAGAAGAAAUGUAGCCACAUCAGAAGCCGCGUAACGGCCUACACCACAGAGUCCCUGUUUUUGUUGUUCCUAAAUAUAUAAACGAAAUAAAGAGAGUUGUAUCGGUGACAGUGGCAAGCGCAGAUCCCAUGUGCAAUACCUUUGUUGCUGAAAAACCCGUAUGCCAGUAAUGGCUAGGUAGGGUGAAAAAAAAAAUGACCUCUGGUUAAUUUGACUUUGUGCUUUUGGUAUUAUUAUGAUGUAGGAACAGAAUAUCUCAAGAGACAUGACAAUCUUGGGAAAAUCUAGCAUUAGGCGAUUGGUUUCAAAAUAAAACUAUUAAAUGGCUCCUAUCGCUAAAACUUACUAUUUUAAUUCCAUAUUAGAAUAUAAAUACCAUGGACACACGUAAAUGCCAACCUAAAGAUCUAAUCCAGAAGGAAGAAAUAAAAUUGUACUGGUAUCAGUCAUUUAUAACUGACCAUACUGUAAUCCACAACAGACCAGAUAAAGUGUUAAUAUGAGGAAUUAAUAUUAGGAAGCUAAUAAUAUGAGGAAAGCUGAAAUAAUAGGUAUCGCUUUGUCAAACAAUGGAAACACUAAGUCAGUCUGUCUGGAAAAAAAAUUGGAAAUAUCAAACUCUAGCAGCUGAGUUGAAAGACCUAUACAGACUGAAAGUUUUUAAGUUACUGUCUGACUAAGCCUUAGUGAUCUCAAGCAAUGGUCUGAUACUAGUAAGAAGUUGGCCCUCUCAACAGCCAUUAUUAUAAAUGAAGCGCAGAAGCUGUGCUGCUCAAUACUACGAGGAUUGUAAGAAUUAUUCCUCAAUAUACAAUUGUUAUAUAAAAACAAUCUGACUUGUAAUGGUUGAAGUUUACUCUUCCCCAUUCCAUGAAAAUACCUCUUAUUGAAAAUUUUAAAAUAUUGAAUACAUUAAACAGAUAAAACAAUAUGUGAAUAGUAUGUGGCAUAUUCAUUUAUAUAUUAUAUGUUCUAAAUGUGUAUGAACUUUCAUUGUGUUUAAAUGUAAUGAAUCUAAUCCUAGUGUCUUUAGUGUUUCAUAAGUAUUAUUGUUAUGUCUGAAGUAUUGUUAUUAUUGGAAUGUCU